AUGGGAGCAACACAAGGGAGCGAAGGGAGCUUCGCGGUCGACAGCCCAGGAGGUUCGAUUGAAGAAGGACGAAACGAAAAGGCAUUCGCAAUCGCCCCAAAAUCAAAAUGCGGACGAGUCUUGUCCCAGCUCUGUCUGCUGGAUGAACUGGAGAACCCGCAAAGAUACAGUCAAGCAGCCAAGUGGGUGAUCACAUCCGUUGUCGCCGUGGCGGGCGUUGCAGGUCCAAUGGGCAGUGCGAUCUUCUUCCCUGCGCUAUCUCAAGUAUCUGACGCCUUGGACACGUCUAUUACUACUGUAAACCUGUGCAUCUCUGUGUACAUGCUGAGCAUGGCAUUUUGCCCCCUUUGGUGGUCGGCAUUCAGCGAACGAUUUGGACGACGCAAAAUAUACCUCCUGAGCUUUCUUCUCUUCAUACUUUCCAACGUACUCGGAGCCCAUGCCAAGUCAAUAGGUGUCCUUAUAGGCAUGCGUCUGCUGAGCGGCGCGGCAUCUUCUUCGGGUCAAACGAUCGGCGCAGGCGUCAUUGCAGAUGUCUGGGAACCAAAGGAGCGUGGUAAGGCCAUGGGAGUCUUUUGGCUGGGUCCAUUAUGCGGCCCCUUGAUAUCUCCCAUCAUUGGCGGAGCUCUUAGCCAAGAGUGGAACUGGAGAAGCAUCCUUUGGUUUCUAGCUCUUUAUGGAGCAGUGACAACUCUCCUCAUUCUCGUGGCCCUCCCAGAAACACACACAAAACGAGGGAAUCUUGACAUCAAAGAGCCCGUUAAGCAGCCGGGGUUGAACUUGGUCAAGAUUCUUCUGCUCGACCCCUUGAAGACCCUUCGCUACCUAAGCCGGCCUCCGGUUUUACUAACAGUAUACUACGCAAGUAUUACAUACUGCUUUCUCUUUAUGAUGAACAUCAGCAUUGAAAACACUUUUCAAAAAGACCCCUAUCGCUUUUCGAUCAUCAUCACUGGCUUGCUCUAUAUACCAAAUGCGCUGGGGUAUAUCGUGGCGAGCAUCCUGGGGGGCAGAUGGAUGGACUACAUAAUGAAACGCGAAGCUAGAAAGUCAGAACGGUAUGACGAAGAUGGAGGCUUGAUUUAUCAUCCAGAAGAUCGUGUCCGAGAGAAUGCGUGGCUAGCAGCGUUUCUGUAUCCCGCCGGCUUGCUCUGGUACGGGUGGACAGCGGAUCGCGGCGUGGCAUGGCCCAUUCCGAUGGUUGCAACGUUCUUUUUUGGUCUGGGAUCCAUGAUCAUCUUUAACAUGUCGACAACCAUGUUGACUGAGUUCCUGCCACACAAACCAUCUGCGGGCGUUGCCAUCAAUAAUUUCGUGCGUAAUAUCCUUGGAUUUGUCGGAACGCUGGCCACAGUUCCAAUCAUUGAAGCUAUCGGCAAUGGAUGGCUGUUCACUAUAGCAGGCCUCCUUGCUUUGGUUAGCGCCUCGGUGCUUUGGGUUAUGAAAGUAAGGGGACCUCGGUGGAGAGAAUCAGUGGAUGUGCGGGAAAGAUCUAGCUAA